AUGUCAAUGGAAAAUCAAACCGCAGUGACCGAAUUUAUUCUCCUCGGACUUUCCAGUGAACCACAGAUACAGAUUUUCCUCUUCCUGGUGUUUUUAGUUAUUUACCUAAUCACCCUGGUUGGGAACAUAGUGAUCAUGGUGCUGAUAAGAGCUGAUUUUCACCUUCACACCCCCAUGUAUUUCUUCCUCUUCCACUUAUCCUUUGUUGAUAUCUGCUAUUCCUCAGUCACGGUGCCUAAUAUGCUGAUGAACUUUCUUGCAGACCACAAAACAAUUUCAGUCAAUGGCUGCAUUGCCCAGAUGUUCUUCUUUUUUCUCUUAGCUGGUACAGAAGUUUUCAUUCUCUCAGCCAUGGCUUAUGACCGCUAUGCUGCCAUCUGUGACCCAUUGCAUUACGUGGAUGCAAUCAACAAAGAGAUCUGGGUUCAGCUCGUGAGUGGUGCAUGGAUCACGGGCUUCUUUUAUGCCUUAAUUAACACAGUUUUUGCCCUCGAGUUGCACUUCUGUGGACCCAAUCAAAUCAGCCAUUUUUGCUGUGAGCUCCCUCCUCUGUUACAACUCUCCUGUACUGACAUUCUCACCAAUCAAAUGGUGCUUCUUACUUCUGUUGUGAUACUAGGAUCAAGCUCCUUCCUCUUCACCCUCAUCUCCUACGUUCACGUCAUCUCCACCAUCUUGAGGAUACGCUCUGCGGAGGGCAGGCGGAAAGCCUUCUCCACCUGCAGCUCCCACCUGAUUGUGGUUGGUUUGUUGUAUCUGACAGCUUUUUUCCAGUACACAAAGCCCAGCUCAGUCUCCUCUGUGCUUCUGGAUGAAAUGUUCUCUGUCCAGUACAGCAUUUUGACCCCCAUGUUAAACCCCAUCAUCUACAGCCUGAAAAACAAGGAGGUGAAAACAGAGAAAUUGAGAGAGAGUUCCCAUAUUCCAGUGGUCAAGGCACACGUAUGGGAUUUGUUCAAAUAUUUUUCUUCAUCAUCGACUUGA